AUGGAGCCGCGGCCGUCUCCUGGCCCAGACGAGCAGGAUGCGCUGCGUGCGAUGAGCCGAACCCCCCAUCCCUAUCACCACCCGAGCUCAGAGUUGCCGCAUGCCGCCGAGCGCUUCAACACGGAUGCCCACGCCCCGGCGUCCCUGCAUGUCGAUUUCCAAGCCCGCCAGCAACGCACCAGCGCCCACUCGUCCCCAACCGCCUUCCCGUCUUUUCUCAAGGACUCGGCUCCAUGCAGCGACAGCGGCACAGAAGCCGACGACGAACACUUCCUCAAGGGCCUUCCCGCACCCAAAGCCAGGCUGCACAAGGGCCUCAGGGACGGCAAUGAACCCAUAUCCAGCCCCACGACUCCCCUGCCUUCGCCAGCCAUCCUCGACCAUGAACAGAUCCGGGCCAUGUCGGACAAGCUGUCUUCAAGGCACGUCCCGGCCAGGAAGCGCGGCUUUGAGCUCCUGCGGCGGAAUAGGAUUCUGGUGCGACGAGCAACCGAGGCAGGCAUCGUGGUUUCCCUAGGAUACGUCGUGGUAACGAGCCCUCACGUUUCCCCCUUGUUCCGCGUCUGGCGCAAAGACUUUGAAUUCCUGGCCUUGCUAUACGCCGCUCUCCUGCUUCUUUACCCGUUGCGCCUCUUGGCUUGGUCCUGGCGAAACACAACUACUUGGGCGUGGCCUCCCUUGCGAAUCCCCUCCCACUUUGACCCGGCUCCCUUGUUUUAUCCGGCUUCCAUAACGAUCCUCGUUUCCCUUUUGGUCGCGCAAAACAAUCCAGGUGCCAUUCUUCCCAACAUCAUCCUGGGCAUCAGCUCCAUCCCGCAAGCUCUCAUACCCGUGGUUGACCUUUCUGCAUCAUACGACUUGCUGCAUUGGCUGCUGUCCUGCCUGCCCCUUGUUUGGGGCUCCUGGAAACUGGACCCAUCCCGACACCAUCCGACCUACCAUUUCCUGUCAGGAGAGGCACUUGUGCUGCUGUAUCCUGUUCACCAGACACUGUGUAUUGUGCUGCACCAUCUCACCACAACCAGCCUGUUGACCGCCGAGCUUCAGCUACUGUCUAUUGCGCUGAUCAAUGUCCUCGUGUUGUCCGCAUCUCCCCAGGCCAAGAUCCUCAAGGGUCUUCUCUGGGGCGGUGGUCUGGCGGUGCUUGUCCUGUGCGGGCCAGCCAUCCGACGGGGCAUAGCGCUGGCGCGAGUUCCCAAGUGGAGGUUUCAAAGACCUGUCGGCUCCCAGAAAUCCAGGCUUUGGAAGGAUAUCCGCAAAAUGUUUUCGUUGCAUCGCAUAAAAAACGAAAUGGCAAGAGGGGCCCUGGGCGGCAGCAGCAGCAGCAGCAGCGCCGCCGCCGCCGCCGCCGCCGCCGCCAACAACAACAACAACAACAACAACAACAACAACAACAACAUCAACAACGCCGCCACCACCACCACCACCUCCACCACCACCACGACUACUUUUGAUGACUCUCUCUAUUACACAGCCUCGUCAUCGGUCGACGAGGAGGAUGAUGUCCUCAUAUUCAGAGGCCCAUGGAGGGUUCAAACCCUAGGCUCAACUGCUGCCAACGCGAAGCCUAGAAAGCAAUUUGUCACCGCAUCCGCCGCAACACAGCCCCUGGGACUGUUGAACGGCACUUCCAGACGACACACCUUGUCACAUUUUGACCUAUCUGGCAGGAAGCAUGCGCCGUCACACACACCAUCUGGAAGAAGGAAGCGAGCUGCGUCUCUAUCCAUGCGACCCUACGUCCGAUUGACGCAGGGCCAAGCAACCGUGAGAAAAUGGGUAUACGCUGCGUACGUUUACGUCUGCAUCGUGGGCAUCGUCUUUGCCGGGGUGCGUACGUAUGUUCAGCUGUAUGCUCUCGACGGGCAGGAGCCAAUCGGCUGGGCCCUUGGCUACCUCUUGGGGGACCUGCCGUGGUUCCGCUUCCAAAUCGUGAGCGCCAACCUCGAACGAUGGAUCUGCCUCCCAGCUCGUGCUGCACAAGCUGCAGGUAAGCAUUGCCAUCUCGGCUGGGUCCAGCACCUGAGAGGUGACGACUUUGGGGAGGCGAAUACCCGACUGAUCCUCAGCGCCUACUGGCUGACGAUCCUCGUCUUUGGCCUUGUUGUCGUGUUCCAACUGAAGCAGACUUAUGAGGUCGACACGAGACGCAAGGUGUUCCAUUUCAUGAUGGUGGGAAUGUUUCUCCCCGCCACGUACGUUGAUCCAACGUAUGCGGGCUUGGCGCUGUCGCUGAUCCUCGCGAUUUUCCUGAUACUGGAUCUUCUCCGGGCCAGUCAGCUACCUCCGUUAUCGAAACCCAUCGCUUCCUUUCUCGCGCCGUACGUGGACGGGAGAGACUUUCGCGGGCCCGUCGUCAUCUCGCACAUCUUUUUGCUCAUCGGAUGCGCCAUCCCCCUCUGGCUUGCCCUUGCCUCCCUGUCUCGCACGGGAUCGGGCUGCCUCGCUGGCUGGGAAGUGCCGACAAGAGACGUGAGCAUGGUGUCUGGCGUUGUCUGCGUCGGGUUGGGCGACGCUGCGGCUUCGCUCAUCGGUCGGCGAUACGGCCGCCACAAAUGGCUAUGGGGCGGCGGCAAGAGUCUGGAAGGAAGCUUGGCCUUUGCCGCGGCUGUCUUUGCGGGCCUGGCCGCCGCCGGGACGUGGCUUCGAGUCGGCGGAUGGCCCACGAGCAACGGACCAGCCAUGAGCAUCUUGUCCAGCGCCAGGAACGCAGGGAUUUGCGCCUCGAUGGCGAGUCUUACGGAGGCUGUGCUGACGGGGGGCAAUGACAAUGUGAUUGUGCCCGUCAUGUUGUGGACCUGUGUCAAAAGCCUUGGUAUAUAG